AUGUGUUGCAGGUGGAGGCGAAACAAUGUAUUUUUCGAAUUUCGCCCCAUUUCUCCUCAUUUCUCCUCGGAGGAGAAAUUCAUCUGCAACAUCGCCUUAUUCAUUAAAGAAAACAAUUAUGACAGAGAUGGUCAUGGUCCACAAUUCCACUCACAUAUGCAUCGAAUCAAUAAAAAGGGUGGCUAUAACAUCUCAGUUUAUCAUGAAUUUCACAACGAAGUUAAUAGCUUCAAAACUCACGUUUGGAGAUGCAAAGGAAUCUGUCAAAAUAAAUAUCCUUAUUUUGGAUAUGUCAAAAGAACAGCCAAUCGUCCACCAGGUCCAAAUGAUUUAUGGUGGCCAAAACAUCAAUUGACAUGUUGUGGUGAAUUCGUCAAAAUUCAAGAACCCGAGGGUUAUGAACCAAAGAAAAAGAAGACGUACAACGAGAAGCCGAAAGAUCUCAAAAUUCCGAAAAUCACUCAAUUCUUCUCAAAGCAAAAAUCCGUUGGAGUUCAGAAACAAGAAAAGGUUUUGAAGGCUGUCACUAAAUCUAAGAAACCACCACCCAAAGUUACUCUUGAUGAUUUUUUCAAAACCAAAUCCAAUACUUGUAAAUAA